AUGGCUACCGAUCCAAAAACGGAAGAAUUGUUUUCUCUACUGGAAAAUGGUCAACUUCAAAGUGCUAACCUUGUAAAACAAGACUGCAUCACUUUGAGAAAUGCGGACAGUGAAAAUGUUCUCAUAGUUGCAGCCAGAACGGGACAAGUAGAUAUUGUACGAGAUUUCAUCAAUGAUUUUGAUUUGGAGGAUACAGAUGCUGAUGGUUGGACUGCUCUUCUUGAUGCGGCUUAUAUGGGACAUGAGGAAGUUGUGAAAAUUUUAUUGGAAGCUGGCGCAGCUGUCAACUAUUCUGAUAUGCUGGGCUGGAGUCCGUUGAUGUGGGCAGUGUACAAGAAUCAUUAUGCAUGUGCACAGCUUCUGAUCCAAUUCAAAGCUUACGUUAAUCUUAUUGAUGAAGAAGAUAGCUUAACACCACUUAUUGUUGCCGCUGGACGUGGCUACGUAACUCUUGUAGAAUUACUUAUUAGUGCUGGUGCAGAAGUAAACGCAUGUGAUAAAUUCGGAAGUACAGCUUUAAUUUGGGCUGCAAGGAAAGGUUGCAAACCUAUAGUUGAAUUACUGCUGAAUUCUGGAGCUGAAUUAGAUGCUGUUGGGAUGUAUGGAUCGACUGCUUUAAUGAUGGCUGCGCGGGGUAAUUUCAUCGGUGUUGUUAAAUUGAUACUGUUAAAGGAGCCGAACAUCAACAUUGUCGACCAGAAUGGUCUUUCAGCACUUGCUAUCGCGGCACGUGAAGGCUAUGUGGAAAUUGCAUCGAUGUUUAUUCAGCAUGGGGCGUACGUAAAUGCAGUGGACAGGUUUGGAAAUUCAAUUUUGGCAGCUGCUGUACGAUCAGGGAAUGUGGAAAUUGUGAAAAUGCUUCUUGAAAAGCAUGCCGAUGUCAAUGCAAGAGAUUCCGAGAAUAGAACACCUCUUCAUUUGGCUAUCGAUAAGUCAUUUAUGGAUAUUGCAGUUGCUUUAUUGGAAAAGAAACCAAACUUAGAAAUACGAAAUAAGGAUGGUGAUACGCCACUACUGCGAGCUGUAAAAAAUCGACAUGUUGGUUUCUGUCAAUUACUGGUAAAUUCGGGUGCAAAAGUUUCAGCAACAGAUAACGCCGGUGAUAAUGUAUUACAUGUGGCAUUACGAGCAAGAUCGCGGAAAAUAACGCAAUCCCUUCUUUUGAAUCCGUCGGAUUCACGUUUGCUGUACAGACCGAACAAACUUGGUCAGACACCGUAUUCAGUUGAUCAGGAAAAUCCACAACCAAUUAUCCCCUUAAUUUACGGACCAUUGGAUGCCGAGAUACAGGUGGAUGCUAUGCUUGGUUACGAUAUUUAUAGCAACGUAUUGGCUGAUAUUGUUUGUGAACCGAAUUUAACAUUACCGCUAACUAUCGGGUUGUACGCAAAGUGGGGUUCAGGAAAGUCAGUGCUUCUUGACAAAAUGAAAGAUUCAAUGCGAUCAUUUUCAAGAUCUUGGCUGGACGCGGUACAGCUUUCAUGGUCGUGGUCAUUGAUCUUUUCAGUAGCACUUCUUAUUGCGAUAUUUACACUUGUCUGCAUCGCUGCUGUCGCUUUUCUUCAAAAUUUUUAUUACAUUAUUGCUGUUGGUGCCUCUGGCUUGACUCUCUUCAUUCUAUGGGUACUUUCAUACGGCUUUAUUUAUUAUGGGAACAGUGUUAAAGGAUGGAAUAAAUCCGUGAAUGUUGCGCGUUCGAUUGCUAAAUUUUUGGCACAUAUGCGUUUACUGUCAAAUGUUGCGCUACAACAUAGCGCAUCAGUCCGAGACAAGGAUGUCCUUUCUUGCCCUGUGAGUUUCUUAUUUGCUGAUUAUCAUCGUUUAUCAUCAAUUGGUGGUGAGCAGGCGCUAGCGAAAAUCGUUAUUACAUUAUUUGAAGCUGCUGAAAAUCAUUUUGGUUCACUUCCAGUUCGCUUGUUUUGUGCUUUGAGAGUUUUAUUUGCACAUGGUAACAAAUCAAAAACACGACGAGCAUGUGGUGUACCGGUUACUGUGAUGGUGUUAUUGUUUUUGUUCUCAAUUAUUACAGCUUUAAUUUUGCUUAUAUUAUGGCUUUACAGUGGGAUGGAUCUUCAGUCUAGCUAUUUAUUUGGCAGCGUAUCUUUUUUCAUUAUUGUGGUGGUGCUUACUUUAUAUCCACUUUACUUUCUUUUUGUUUAUGGAUUUGUCAAUAUGCCUAAGAAACGCAUAAAUAUUGCGGCACAGAAAAUCAACAAACUGCAUUUUGAAGGAUUUAUGCAAAAAUUACAACAUGAAGUCAAUCUUUUGGCCAACAUGAUUCGCUCACUUGAUUUUUUCACAAACAGCCAAACUCGAUUAAUUGUUGUGGUUGAUGGUCUUGAUAAUUGUGAACAGGAACGUAUGGUACAAACCUUAGAUGCGCUGGAGCUAUUAUUUUGCACUCGUGCUGAUCGGCCAUUUGUAGUAACUAUUGCCGUUGACCCACAUAUUAUUAUUUCGGCUGUAAAUCAUAGCAUGCAUUCUGCAUUAGCAGGAACUGAGCUUACUGGACAUGAUUACCUAAAGAACAUCAUUAAUAUGCCAUUCUAUCUGCACAAUUCGGCCAUUCGACAACUCCAGACAAAUUUGCGCAACAAACGAGAAAGCUUGGCUGAUUGGAAAGAAAGGUUCAAGCGACAAGAUACAUUCCAUGGAUCUUACGUAUCUUUACGUGAAGGUUUUGAAGGGAAAUUAUCAAGGAAGGUAACGGUUGUAGGGACUCGUGGAUUAAGCCGUUCGCUAAUAGCAGAUGAUUAUUUCUCAAAUAUGAAUCCAAGAUCAAUGAAACGCAUUGUCAAUGCGCUUACAUUAACAGGGCGAUUGAUGCGUGCAUUUGAAAUUGAAUUUUCAUGGGUCUCACUUGGCUAUUGGGUUAGCCUAAUUGAGCAAUGGCCGUCCAGAAUGUGUUGGCUUAUUGAUCAUGCUUUGGAUAUUCCACAAGAUUCAUAUCCGCUUGCAGAGCUUUAUUACCAUCUAAAGCAACAAAUCCCGAAGAAGGACCCAUUAAUAGAUCUGGAUCGGAAUCCGGAUAAUUUCGAGUCUUUCCUAGAACAAGCAUGCAUGACUGGUCCGGAACAGUUGACUGUCGGACAUGUUCGCCGGUUUGUUCCGUGUACAUCCAAUCUGGAUCCUUAUCUUAGAAAACUCAUUAGAGAAUGUCGUAUUGGUACAGUACAACCGACUAAAUCACUUGCUAGUCAACCAUCCAAUCCACCUGGUUUAGUAAUCUCCGGUCCUGCUUGGCAUCUUUUCAAAGAUAAGAAUAUUUGGCGAGGAAUUGAAGUACCACUCAUUGAAAUGAAGUUAUCAGAUGUAACUGACUUGGUGGAAAAGUUAGAUAUUGCAAGUGAACGGAUAAGUGUUAUUGUUGAAAAAAUGAAUGCAUGCAAUCUUACCGGUCUUGUUUUGUCAGCAUGUAAUUUAUCGGAAGUACAAGACGCUCUUAAGUUGAAUUUGGGUGAUUGGACACUGUUGAAGUUGCUAAUUGAAACGCUUCGAACUUGGAAACCAAUAGUGCCUCUGGAUGGUGUUGAAACUCCUUCCCUAAUGUCACCCAUUCCUGCUCUAGCAGUAUCAACUUCUCUUAAUUCAAUACAAGAGCAAAAGGAUCGGUUUGCUCUGCAGGCAGAAACACAAGGUGAUCAUCAAUGGAUCUUGGAAAAUUUUUCUGGAAUGGAUGUUGCAGAAGUAGACGACGUACUUCCUGCCUCUUCUGUACCAUCCGUACAUUUUGAUGAUGGGAUUGCGUCGGAAAAGGAUAGCACUGAAAGUGUUUGUGGGUCAUAUGAAAAUUUGUUGGAUUCUGAAUCUGCUUUGCAAACUCGGGAAGAAUUGGUGAGCGCAAUGCGCAAGGAUUCAGUUCACUCCGACGUAAGUCAUACAGGGACGCAUAGUCAAUCGGUAUCUCGGACUCAUCUACAGAUUAUCAUGGAUGUUUCCGAUAAUCAACAAACAGUGAAGGAAGUGAGCCCUUCUGAACGGCUUUCAGUGCUAGGAUGUCAGUUCUGGACCAGUUUAGUAUCGACCCAAGGCUUAUCAUGA